AGCGGCCCCGGAGCGGCCCCGCGCGCAGCCCGGUGAGAGCGGGGCGGCCGCGCUCCUCACGCGGGGCUGCAGCGGCCCCGCGCCCCGGCCCGGCCGUUGCCCCGCGCCGUUGGACAGGCGGCCCCAGCACCGAGCGGGGCCCGUCACGCAGCGGCGGCCGGCGGGUCUCUCGGGAAGGGAGAAGCUGACCCGGAUCCCGCCCUCGGUCACUCCUCUGCAGGUCGCCCGCCCGCGCCGCACAGCUGUCCCCCAUGGCCGCGUGGUCCCGGGAGGCGGUGCUGACUCUGUACCGGGCUCUGCUGCGCCGCGGCCGCGGCCUGCGCUACACCGACCGGGAUUUCUACCUCGCCUCCGUCCGCCGCGAGUUCCGCCGGAACCAGGGGCUGCAGCGGCUGGAGGACAAGGAAAGGCAGCUGGAGAAGGGGCAGGCUUUCCUGCAGAGCAGGCUCGGGGGCCUGGUUUAGCGAUUCCCUGUAGCACCCACCGGU